CAGUGUUGGCAGAACUCAGCUGCAGACUGUGGACCCUCUGCAAACAUAGGUAGUUAGUUAUUAACACAAUCGAAGCAGUCAGAACCAGCGUCUCUGCCUACAGCCUUAACUCUUCAUCUCCUCACUAUUAGCCAUCUUUGAUACAUACAUCCCAUCAGCAGACUGUGUUCGACUUUGCUUUGUGUCGGUGAAGACCCUGUUUCAUCUGAGGCCAUGUUUCGCCCUGUGUUCUAUCUGCUGGUCUGCAUCGCUCUGUGGUCAGCAUCAGUCAUUAGUCUCUCAGUGUUCUCAGACGCCCCAAAGGCUCAUAUGCUGCUCCGGUCCCGCCGGGCCAAUAGCUUCCUGGAGGAGAUCAAACCCCCCUCCAUGGAGCGCGAAUGUGUGGAGGAGAAGUGUGACUUUGAAGAAGCCAGAGAGAUUUUCCAGACCCGGGAGGCUACACUGGAGUUCUGGACUGUCUACACUGAUGGGAACCAGUGUCAGUCCCACAAGUGUGAUCAUGGUGCUUGUAUGGAUCUUUAUCAGACCUACAAGUGCAUCUGUUACCCAGGAUACGAGGGCAAAUACUGCGAAUACAAUAUAACAGCCACAAACUGCACCGUGGAUAAUGGUGACUGUGACCAUGAAUGCAUGGAAAACGAGGACGGCCAGGGGAGGAGCUGCAGCUGUUUGAAAGGAUACAAUCUGGAGAACGACUCCAGAAAGUGUAGCCCGAAAAGUACUUCAUCUUGUGGUCAGAUUCUGAUCCACAGGUCGGAGUACAGUGAGCCUGUGGAGGGUCUGCUGCCAUGGACGCUCGGAGGGGAAGUGGGCAAAAAAGGGGAGAGCCCUUGGCAGGUGCUUCUAUUGAACGAGAAAGGGAUUUUUCACUGUGGAGGAGUCCUAAUUGAUGAAAAUUGGGUGCUGACGGCUGCCCACUGCCUUCAAAACACCUUCAAGUUCAGCGUACGGCUUGGUGACUAUGAAAGAUUCAGGAAUGAAGGCACAGAGGUGCUUCUUAGAGUCACCAAGACCUUCAAACACCCUAAAUACAACAGCAUGACGGAGGACAACGACAUCGCCCUGCUGCGUCUGCAGUCCCCUGCUCCUCUUUCUAAAUACAUUGUCCCGAUCUGCUUACCAGGACGCUCCUUGGCGGAGAAGGUGCUGCACCUUAAUGGCACCACCACUGUGGUUACAGGCUGGGGCAAAGAUGACACCGGGAAGCUUAGCUCAGCACUGAACUUCAUAAAAGUCCCACUGGUUAAUCACAGCUUCUGCAGGCAGCAGAUGUUUCCCCAUGACCUCACCAACAAUGUCCUUUGCGCCGGAAUUCUGGGUGAGAGAAUUGAUGCUUGCGAGGGAGACAGUGGUGGGCCGAUGGUCACUCUGUACCGGGACACCUGGUUCCUGAUUGGCCUGGUGUCAUGGGGCGAGGGCUGUGGCAUGGUAGAUAAGUUGGGCAUCUACACCAAGGUGUCCAACUACAAUGAGUGGAUCAGCCAAGUACAAGAAGAAUGGGACAGACGUCAUCAUCCUCAAUAACACAGAAACAUCUAAAGCUUAAACAAAUCAUUUUAUCUGUGCAAUCAGACACAGAGGGCAAACUCAAUGCAUCAAAGAUUUUUCAAAACUUUGUUUAAUAAACCUCUUAACUCUAAAGAA